UCGGUAAUAUUAGGGCUGGGCUAGGGUUCGUGGGGAGGCAGGGAUUGGCGGUGAGAGCUACACAUAAAUAUCGCGGGCAGUGAUCGCGAGAAUUCGCGAGCUCCAGCUCAAUCGGUGGGAAUUUCCUCUGCUCUAUGGCUGCUGCUUCCACCUCGGGAUUGGUCCAGUCGUGUUUCAAUGCGGCGCAGCGAGAAUCGGCGGCGAAUUUAGUGCUCUCUCGAUCGACUAGAAGUGUGGUGCGAUGCUACCGGAGAGAGGAGCGCGGGUUUAGCUCUUUCCAAGGCUUGCGAGCAACGAAUUUGAGCUCCAAGAGGUUUUUGACAAGGCAGCAUGGAAGGAAUUUUCGCGUUGUUACCCGGUGUGCUGCAUCACCAGGGAAAGAUGGACGAAUUAGCCAGGCCGACUUUACGGACAUGGCAUGGCAGGCGAUUGUCGCGUCCCCGGAAAUCGCCAAGGAGAACAAGCAGCAAAUCGUCGAGACGGAGCACCUGAUGAAAGCUCUCCUAGAACAGAAGAAUGGUUUGGCAAGGCGAGUUUUUGGAAAAGUUGGUGUCGACAACACUGGGCUCCUCGAAUCUACGGAGAGGUUCAUUCAGCGGCAGCCAAAGAUUGUCGGUGAGACCGGGGGUUCUAUGCUUGGGCGAGAGCUGGAAGCACUUCUCGACCGGGCAAGAGGCUUCAUGAAAGACAUGGGGGACUCCUACGUCUCCAUUGAGCACUUGCUCUUGGGGUAUUUGCAAGACAAACGAUUCGGGCAAGUUCUCUUUAAAGAAUACCAGAUUACCGCUAAAGCCUUGAGAACUGCAGUUGAAUCUAUUCGGGGAUCGCAGAAAGUCACUGAUCAAUCACCGGAAGGAAAAUACGAGGCUUUGGACAAGUACGGAAAGGACUUGACCGAAAUGGCUCGUCAAGGAAAGCUUGACCCUGUGAUAGGACGGGAUGACGAAAUCCGGCGCUGCAUCCAGAUUCUCUGCAGGAGAACAAAGAACAAUCCGGUUUUUAUUGGUGAGCCUGGAGUCGGCAAAACAGCCAUCGCUGAAGGGUUAGCUCAGCGUAUUGUACAAGGGGAUGUACCCGAAGCUUUGAUCGAUCGAAAGCUUGUUUCUCUUGACAUGGGUGCGUUGAUAGCCGGCGCUAAGUAUCGCGGUGAAUUUGAAGACCGGUUGAAAGCGGUCUUGAAGGAGGUGUCUGAGUCUGAUGGACGGAUCAUCCUUUUCAUCGACGAGAUCCACACAGUUGUUGGCGCAGGAGCUACAAACGGCGCAAUGGAUGCCGGGAACCUUCUAAAGCCUAUGCUCGGUCGCGGAGAGCUGCGGUGCAUUGGUGCCACAACUCUCGACGAGUAUCGGAAGUAUAUUGAAAAAGAUCCCGCGCUGGAGCGUCGCUUUCAGCAAGUCUUUGUGGACCAGCCCACGGUUGAGGACACUAUCUCGAUACUUCGAGGACUGCGCGAGCGCUACGAGCUGCAUCAUGGCGUGCGCAUUUCUGACAGUGCGCUCGUUGCCGCCGCGUUGCUCUCUGACAGAUACAUCAGCGACAGAUUUCUGCCCGACAAAGCCAUCGACCUCGUUGACGAAGCAGCUGCGAAGCUCAAGAUGGAAAUAACAUCCAAACCAACUCAUCUCGAUGAGAUCGACCGCGCCGUUUUGAAGCUGGAGAUGGAGAGGCUGUCGCUCAAGAACGACACGGACAAGGCCUCCCGGGACCGGCUGGACAAGCUGAACGUCGAGCUCGAAGCUCUGAAAGAGAAACAGAAAGAAGUCACGCAGCAGUGGGAGCACGAAAAAUCCGUCAUGCUCAAAAUCCAAUCCAUCAAAGAGGAGGUAGACAGAGUGAACCUUGAGAUCCAGCAGGCCGAGCGGGACUACGACUUGAACCGCGCGGCAGAGCUGAAAUAUGGCAGCCUCAUGAGCUUGCAGCGGCAGCUCGAAGUGGCCGAGAAGAACUUGGACGACUACCAAAGCCGAGGAAGUUCCAUGCUCCGAGAGGAGGUAACGUCCGACGAUAUCGCGGAGAUCGUCAGCAAGUGGACGGGCAUCCCGGUCUCGAAGCUCCUCCAGUCCGAGAUGGAGAAGCUGCUACACAUCGAUGACGAGCUCCACAAGCGCGUCGUUGGACAGGAGCCGGCUGUUCAGGCAGUAGCCGACGCUAUCCAGCGCUCGCGAGCCGGGCUGUCCGAUCCAAACCGGCCGAUCGCGAGCUUCAUGUUCAUGGGGCCGACUGGAGUCGGAAAGACGGAGCUGGCGAAAGCGCUGGCGGCGUAUCUCUUCAACACCGAGGAGGCGCUCAUCCGGAUCGACAUGAGCGAGUACAUGGAGAAGCACACUGUGUCUCGGUUGAUCGGUGCUCCGCCGGGAUACGUUGGGUAUGAAGAAGGUGGUCAGCUCAGUGAGGCUGUGAGGAGGCGGCCUUACUCGGUGGUGCUGUUCGACGAGAUCGAGAAGGCCCACUCGGACGUGUUUAACAUCUUCCUCCAGAUUCUCGACGAUGGAAGGGUGACGGACUCGCAGGGCCGCAAAGUGAGCUUCAAGAACAGCAUCAUUAUCAUGACCUCCAACAUCGGCUCGCAGUUCAUCCUCAACAGCCUCGAGGCCGGAGAGUCUUAUGAACGGAUGAAGGAUCGCGUGAUGGAUGUCGCACGCCAAACCUUUCGUCCAGAGUUUCUCAACCGGAUCGACGAGUACAUCGUGUUUAAGCCGCUGGACCGGGAACAGAUCAACAAGAUUGUCAAGCUACAGCUUGCGAGAGUACAGCAUAGACUGAAAGACCGGAAGAUCAGCAUGACGAUCAGUGAAUCGGCAGUGGACCUUCUCGGGAAGAUGGGCUAUGAUCCGAGUUUUGGCGCUCGGCCCGUGAAGAGAGUCGUCCAGCACCAAGUGGAGAAUCCAAUCGCGAAGGGAAUUCUCCGCGGGGACUACAAGGAAGACGACACCAUACUCGUGGACGCGGAGCUUGUCGCUCCCUCGGAGGACGUUCUCCAGCAAAGGCUCGUUUUUCGAAAGGUGGCUUCCUCCCAGAGCUCCUCUAAACCUUCCCAGCCGGAGGUAGAAGUGUUAGCACCAAAUAACUAAGGAUACGAGGCACUCUUGUGUCCUGAGAAACGUAGAUUUAGCUUCCUCGUUUCGUUUCUUCGUUGCCUUUCUUCAGACUCACGGUACUCAAGAGCUUGUCCGAGAGUUUUACAAGGCACCUAUAUCACUGUAAACAAGACGUUUGAGAGAAGAAUCGUAAAUGGAAAACUUUUUAAGUU